GGGGACAAGAAGGUGAUACGUAGCAUUUACCUCAUCUUUUACACAGUCCCCAAAAUCCUCAGGAGUCAGAACUCGCACAACUCGUCAUCUUAAACCCUAGAAACGGACCACUGAUUCGAAUCGCUCCACUCGGUUCGUUCUGUAUCGUUACCUUACGCUAUUUCCCAUUUCGGAAUUACACUUGUUUGUGAUUGUUUAGGUCGAUCGAAGGACACAGAGGCCAGAGAAAAUGGUGGUGAGGAUCCGAUUGUCGAGGUUCGGAUGCCGAAACAAGCCGUUCUACCGUGUCAUGGCCGCCGAUAGCAGAUCUCCUCGCGACGGCAAGCACCUCGAAGUCUUGGGCUACUACAAUCCCUUGCCAGGCCAAGAUGGUGGCAAACGAAUGGGUCUUAAUUUUGAAAGAGUGAAAUAUUGGCUAUCUGUUGGUGCGCAAGCCUCGGAACCUGUGCAGCGCAUUCUUUUCAGAGCAGGGUUACUACCUCCACCACCCAUGAUGGCAAUGGGACGUAAAGGUGGACCACGUGACACACGUCCUGUCGAUCCGAUGACUGGCCGCGUCUUGACUCCAGAGAAGCAAGCUAAUGCUGACCAACCAAAAGACUGCGAAGGGGGAGGGGUUUAUCCAGGGUAUCAAGAGUCCAUAUUUCUACUUGGAUAUCCUCCAGAGAAGCAGUUUGGUCUUGCUUAAUUCUGAAGAAUAACUCUCAAUCUUUCUUGGGAGGAUAGCACCUUAGGUGGUGAAAUUGGCACUUGAUUCCACCACACCAUACAGGGAUGUUGAGUGUUACAUAAUGGCUGCACUAUCGAAUGUUCUUUAAAAUGAUGACUGAAUUGAAUGUUUAGGGGAGGCUGCUGUAGUGAAUGUUGAAUCUUUCUCA